AUGUCUCAAAAAUUAGGUCACACAGGGUUAGCAUUUGCCCGUAUUUGGCACCAUGUUGAUAUGUCUAAAGACAAACGUACUUUGGGUAGAUUAGCAUCUUCUAUUGCAAUCACCUUAAUGGGCAAACAUAAGCCUGUUUAUCAUCCUACUCAAGAUUGUGGCGACUAUGUGGUUGUUACUAAUUGCCAAAAUUUACGUAUAACGGGUAAAAAGUUUGAACAAAACACUUAUUGGUCACAUAGCGGUAAGCCGGGCCAUUUGAAAUUAACUCCAAUGAAUGUCAUGGCUGAUAACAAAGGUUAUGGAGAAUUAUUGAUGAGAGCUGUUAGUGGGAUGUUACCCAAGAAUAAAUUACGUAAAAUUAGAUUGGGAAGGUUAAAAGUCUUUGAAGGUAGUGAAAACCCUUAUAAACAGAAUAUCUCUGCAUACUUUGAUGAGCAACCAAAAAUUUUAAAAAAAUUAAGUGAUGUUCCAAAUAUUACGAAUGAACAAAAAUAA